UGUACAGGGCUAGUCAGAGUUCUUGAUUAAACCAGGAAAUCAAACUGGCAUGCACACAGUUAUAAAGAGCCCACAAGGCCAGAUGCAGAGGGCAGUAAUUCAUGCUCUGAGAAAUGGGCUUGUAUACUUUGGCAGAUGAACAUUGCCAUGAAGUGUGGAAACAGUGUACUGAAACUUCCACUACUCAAUCCCUCUGAACGCUUAGCUAUAUCAGAAAGGUGUGGGGGUGUGGAGGAUUAUAUGAGAACUUCCGCCCAAUUUCCUUCCCAACAGGUGGGCGGGGUUUGCGACACUGAGCGGGCUUACCUGCUUGGUUGCCUCCCACCUGCUUUAGGGUGGCCUCAUCCUGCCCCCGGCCUGGGAGGACAAUGGAUGUAUGGCUGGGGGUGGGGUGAGGGCUAAGGGAAAAGAGGCUGACCCCUUUGGCCAAACCUCACUCUGUUUCCUCCUCUUCCAGGUUCAGGAUGUGUUCAUGUGAGCAGCCAGGUUGAGGUAAGUAAUUUUGGUUUCUUUUGUUGGCUGGGCGCUUCGCCAGGCCCAAGAGGGCGGUGUGUGCCCCAGCUACAGGCUGUUUACCAGCAUUUUUGUUGUUUUCAGCAGCGGUGGCACUUGGGAGGGAGCGCAAGGCCCCUCCGUUGCCGCCGUUCACCGUGGAGCGCUUUGCCGGGCCCGAGAAGGCAGCGUGCCGCAUGGUGGCCUUUUGUUUUUGGUGAUGGCGGCGCUGGGGAGGGGACACAUGGCCCAUUAAAGGGUUGAUUGCAGGAGUCCCUGGCCCUAGAGCAGCGGCAUGUAGGUCAAACUCCCGGCCAAGGUAAAGUGGGAGGGCAAGCUGUGUAAAUUCGUGCUUUACAGUCCCCUCUUACUGCACCUCAUUGCCCUGCACAUCCUCAAUCCCAGUCAGGCUGAGAGGGUUACAUGCCAAGGCCAAGGCCAAGUUUCCCACAUUCUUAAGUUGAAUCAAGUUGUGGCCAAUUUGAACCCAUACUUUGGUCUCUCGUCUCAUUCUUUUGGGGGAGGGUAGGCUCCACGGACAGGGCUCAGCGCGUGUGCUCGCAGACCUUGCAGCCCCGCUAUGCAUUUAAGAUACAUGUUUGUUGUCGUUAAAUUCUUCAAUUCGCCUUCCCUGACCAUUAAAAUUAGCAAAGAAAAGAAAUAUGCAAAUCAUAAACCGGGGAGGCAACAACAAAAAAAGUACUUCCCAACUUUACAUCUUACUGACUGAGCAUCUUUUAAUGUUUGCAUCUGAUUGUAUCAUGUAUCUGUUUUUCAUUCUUCCCCAUAUGCAGUUCCGUUCCUUGCUUUAUUCAAUGAUUUUGGGCCAUUCCACGGUGACAGCUCUUGUUUUGUUUUAUGCAGUCCUAUUAGAGAACGCUCGCUUGCUGUUGUUAUGCGUCAAUUAGUAGGCACGCCACCCAAGGAAGAACAGUCUCAAACGAGAGGCUUCAUCAAGAGGCGUCCCCAGUGAACCCUUUCGCAGCAAGUGAAGAUAUUUCCUGAGGUCUGAUGGCUCAAUUCACAAUUGUGUGUGUGUGUUUUAAAAUAAAGACUGUGGCAAUUAUCUAUGCAACCCUGUGCAUGUUUACUUGAAAGUAAGUCCCACUGUGUUCAAUGGGGCAAACUUCCAGGUACGUAGGCAAAGGACUGCAGCCAGCAAAUCUGGUUUCGUUGCUAUACAGUUUACAGAGAAUGAACUUUACAUCUACACCAAACGUUUAAGCCAUCAAGUCUGCUUAACAAGAGGCUGGAAUCAUGACACUAUACAGGCAGCACACUCUGCUGUGAGCUCUGGG